GAGGAGGAAGGCCAAGGAGCUCCUCCUCCCCCUUCCCUCUUGGCUGGGCUGUUAUUUCCUCCUUCUUGGACCCGUAAAGGACGCCGCGCCAGAGAAGAUCAGGAGGAAAGACCUUCCUGGACCCUUCUCCGCCAGGUUUACAGAAUGAGUUAUCCAGGGUAUCCUCCCGCAAGUGGGUAUCCACCUGCCAGUGGGUAUCCCCCUGCUGCUCCAGGUAGCAAUCCCUGGGGCUCCCCCAGCUAUCCUCCAGCAAAUCCCCCACCAAUUGGACUAGAAAAUGUUGGAAACUAUGCAAAUCAGUUUAAUUCUGACUAUAUGGCACAAAUGGCUUCCAACAUGUCAGGGACAUUUGGGGGUGCCAACAUGCCACAACCGGGUCUCUACCCUCCAGCGCCUGGGGGCUAUCCCCCUGUUCCUCCAGGAGGAUUUGGGCAGCCACCACAAGGACAGCAACCUUCUUAUGGAAUGUACCCACCAGUUCCAGGAGGAAACCCACCAUCAGGAAUGCCAGCUUAUCCAUCGUAUCCGAACACCAACAUGCCACAAGCAGGACAACAGCCUCAGCCUAUGUCGUAUCCUGGUCAGCAGCCCAUGCCAAAUUAUCCUUCUGGCCCAGCUGUUAAUCCUUCUAUGCCAUCGUAUCCAGGACCGACGAUGCCCACAGUGACUCCUGCAGCUACGGGAUAUAGAGGUACAAUCCGUGAUGCUUCGUCAUUUGAUCCCCUGAGGGAUGCCGAGGUAUUGAGGAAGGCCAUGAAAGGAUUUGGAACUGAUGAGCAGGCAAUCAUCGAGUGUCUUGGAAGUCGUUCAAAUAAGCAGCGGCAGCAAAUAAUGCUUUCAUUCAAAACAGCUUAUGGAAAGGACUUGAUCAAGGACUUGAAGUCUGAGCUGUCAGGCAACUUUGAAAGGACCAUCUUGGCAAUGAUGAAAACACCUGUCCAGUUUGAUGUUUAUGAAAUAAAAGAAGCUAUCAAGGGUGCUGGCACAGAUGAAGCUUGCCUGAUAGAGAUCCUGGCAUCUCGCAGCAAUGAGCACAUUCAUGAAAUCAGUAGACUGUACAAAUCAGAACAUAAGAAAACUCUAGAAGAAGCCAUUAGAAGUGACACAUCUGGACAUUUCCAGAGGCUUUUAAUUUCACUGGCUCAGGGAAACAGAGAUGAAAGCACCAAUGUGAACAUGUCACUUGUCCAAAGUGAUGCUCAGGCCCUGUAUGCAGCUGGAGAGAAUCGACUUGGUACUGAUGAGUCCAAGUUCAAUGCAAUCCUUUGCGCCAGAAGUAAAGCUCAUCUAAGAGCAGUUUUCAGUGAAUACCAGCGCAUGUGUAACCGUGAUAUUGAGAAGAGCAUAGCCAGAGAGAUGUCUGGAGACCUUGAAUCCGGGAUGUUGGCAGUAGUUAAGUGUGUCAAGAACACGGCAGCUUUCUUUGCAGAGAGACUACACAAGGCCAUGAAGGGAGCUGGAACCAAGGACAGGACUCUUAUUCGGAUCAUGGUGUCACGCAGUGAGGUUGACCUGCUGGACAUACGACAAGAAUACAAGCGGAUGUAUGGCAAAUCCCUCUACACAGAUAUCACGGGUGACACUUCAGGGGACUAUCGGAAAAUCCUUCUCAAACUGUGUGGUGGAAAUGACUAAGUGGAGCUUGGCAUGGAUUUAAGGAUUUCUUGUUUUGUGUGUUAUCAUUUCACAUGUUGCCAGAUCUCUUCCUCUACAGUGCCAUGUUUGGUAAUAUUUCUUAUUAUAUUCCUUCCUUUAAUACAGAAAUUCUGCUAUAAUAGUGGCUGCUGCGCUGGAUAAUUGUAGACCACAAAUAUGUUUUUGCUUUCUGUGUGUGCGGAGAGAGGACUUCAAUAGGAGAGACAUGUGUGGGGGAAACACUUAUUUAGUGCAAAAUGAUUCCAUGUAGCUUUUUGUUUUUAAAAUCUAUAUAUAAAGGAUUUUUCCUGUUAUGUAUGGUAGUGGUUACAUUUACAUACAGUACACACUGCUUGUAGCUUAAUGUAAUGCAUCCUGUUCUUAAAAGUUUUUUUAUCAUAUCAAAAGCGAUUUGAGAAUAUGCUGCAAGUCGCUUCUGGUGUGAGACAAUUGGCUGUCUACAGAGAUAUUGCCUAGGGGUCACUGGGAUGUGUUAGCUGGGAUGCUUCUCUUAUGUCCCCGCAAGCUGAAACUGGCAGAUGGGAUCUCACCCCAUCUCAUGGAUUCGAACUGGCAACCUUCAGGUCAGCAACUCACUCUUCAGGUCAGUGGUUCAGCCACCACAGCUCCUGUUCUUAAAAGUGAUUGGGUAGAAACUCUCAGUACCCUGCUUGUUUAGUCUUACUACCAAGGAAAACUUAACUGACUCUCAUGGGAAAAAUAAAAUAACAUAUGAACUGGCCUCCACCAUGUGAAUUUGAAUGUGAGAGCCACCUGACUUUCAGAUCCAUCCUUAUAUUUGAAAGGGGACUAUUGAUAGAUUGCAAUUACAUAUUAAAUUCGGUACAUAGUUGAGAAGCAUAUUACUAUUUCAUGAGUUGGAGCUUUUUCUGAAGCUCAUUGCAGUGUGGGAUGGAAAUUUUCAUUAAGAAUCUGAAAGGGGAGAAAGGUACUGAAAAGUACUGUCUCUGUACAUAGUGUUCUUAUGAAAAUAACAUCGUCUUCCUCCCCCUGCUGCUUUUAAUAAUGGCAAAGUUUCUGCAUUGGGCCCUCUUUUGGUAGCAGUUCUAUCAUUGUAGCUACCUCUGCUUACCUUUGAAUAUAGUAAUCAAUCAAGAAAUAUUUCUGAGAUGCAAGAGAGCAGAGUGUUGACUGAGGAUGCAUCCAGCUCUCCUAGUAAUGAAGCUCAAUGCAACAAGCAGCAACAAAAGGACAACACAGGGAUUUCUGCCACUGAUGUUCACAUUUUGCUACCAAGGGGCUGAACACAAUAUUAGUCAAAACCCUAUUCUCCAGUGCCUUGUGGGGAAAAGUUUUGAUUUUUGCAAUUGUAUGAUGAAUAUAAAUAUAAAUUGCAAUAUUGUAAUUUCAUGAGUCCAUCUUACAAUAUGCUGAAUAGAAUCUUAGAAUCACAGAACUGGAAGAGACCACAAGGGCCAUCCAAUCUGACUCCCUGCCAUCUAAGAACACAUAAUUAAACCAUUUGUGACAGAUGACCACCCAACUUUUAAAAACCUUAAAAAAGAGAGACUCUACCACAUCCCCUAGCAGAGUGUUUCACUGUAGAACAAUUCUUACUAUCAGGAUGUUCUUUCAUGUUUGGGAUGAAUCUCUUUCUGUACUUUGAAUCUAUCCAUGUCCAUGCCUCUGCAGCAACAGAAAACAAGCUUGCUCUAUCUUCAAUAUGACAUCCUUUCAAAUAUUUAAAGAGGGCUAUUAUACUGAAAUACUGAACAGGAUGCCAACCAAUACAUUUAAAACUCUGAGUGGCUCCAUAGUGUCACCUUUACUAUCAUAGGCAGUUUGGCUUUUGAAGAAAUCCUAGUUAAAUAUCUAUCAGUUUCUUCUUGCACAGAGAGAGACUUCUUCUUGGGCAAGUAAAGCAUAAAGCCUUCACUUUGUAUUGUUAAGAUAUAAAACAGCACCAGACUAUAUAAGCUUUAUUCACUUAGUAAGGACUUGCCCAGAACUGAAUGAAGAUUCCACUUUGACAGUUGGCUGGACCAUGCUCCCUUUAUCCACAAAGAAAUCCCCACUCAUUUUAAUGGCUAUCUUAUGCUUGAUUUUCCUCACUCAAAUACCUUGUUUCUUAAAUUUGGUUUUGCCCGGGUUGUGCCAGAAGUCUUUGAAAUUCAAAAUGCCUUACUCUUGAAUGCAUGCCAAAGCUUUCCUUUUCAAUGGUUUUUGAACUGUGCCUUUAUAAAUCAAAUACAUGUAACUUUUUAAAAAGCAGAUUUAUAUGAAUAAAGACAUCUAUCUUCUAA